AUGCGUGGACGGGUCAAGCUGGCUCAUCAUUUAACGGUUGGACAUCGAGGGCUCCAGCACGACCAACGUGAAGAUGAAUUCGCCGCCGCCUGCUCACUAUGUGGAUUAAGUGCAGCGGAUAUAUCGCUGAAGCAACCGAAUCGCUUCGAGGAGAGCAGAUAUGGCAAUUCGCGCUAUCAGAUCUUCGAGGUGCACAAUCACUACGAGGGCAAGAAUAACGCCUACUUGCCGCCAGUUGACACCCAAGCUGGUCACGAGGAGAUACACAUACAUCAUCUGCAGCAAACGCCACAUCGGCAACAUCUUGCAGCAGUAACAGCUGCUGACGAUGACAAUUUGGAUGUAUCUUUUCUAAGCUUUGCCGAUGGUGGCCAUCACGAUUUCCAGCGCAAGCAACCCACACCUCAAGCUCAAGUCCCUUAUAAUGUUCGUGCCUAUCUGCCGCCCACAGCUGCCACGCCCAGUCACGCCAACCAAAACUAUCAGCAGUCCAGUUUAAGCUCUAUUUUGAGCUCAACGGCACCACAGGUCUUCUCAGAACCGCCGCCGAGCUAUGAGGCGCCCGCCUUCUCGCCACCCUCCAGCAGCAAUCAGCGACAACAGCAUCGUCAGCAGCAACAGCAUCGCCAGCAGCAACAGCAUUGUCAGCAGCAGCAGUAGCACCGCCAGCAGCAGCAGCAGCACGACUCCUUCGAUUACCAAGCGCCAGGUUACCUGCCCCCAGGCUAUGACUUUAACAAUCCAAAUGUUGUGCAACUGCCGCAACAGCAGUUGCAGCAGCAACAGUUGCCUUUCGAUCAAAUUAUUGAGCAGCCCGUGCAGCCAACACAGCCAGUUGCUCCCGUGCAGCCAGCACAGCCAGUUGCUGCUGCGCAGCCAGCAACUGUUGGUGAUUACCGUGCACCCAACUAUUUGCCACCCCAACAACAGGGCAACAUCUAUCAGCAGCCAUUGCAGGUGCCACAGCAGCAGCCAUUGCAGGUGCCACAGCAGCAGCCAUUGCAGGUGUCACAACAGCAGCCAUUGCAGGUGCCACAACAGCAGCAUCUUGGUGCGCUGCCCGAGGGUUAUGAGUUUACCAAGCCCGAGAACUCUGAGGCAGCUAUUGCCGAGCUGCACAGCCUGCAAACGCAAACCAAAUUGCUCAAACAGCAGCAGCAACAGCAACAGCUGCAGCAACAACAGUUCCAGCUGCAGCAGCAGCAGCAACAACAGCGACCAGUUGUCCAGCCCAGCUCUAAUAUUAUUUAUGGCGCGCCUGCUGUGGCUGCCGCUGCGCCGCUGCCUGCACCACCCACCCAACACUCACAUAUACACACAUUAAGCAGCUAUAUGAACACAGUGCAGCCUUACGCACGCUAUGGACAGCCACAGCAGCAUCUGCAGCACCAACAGCAACAUGUGCAGCAACAGCAACAUGUGCAACAGCAACAUGUGCAACAGCAAUUUGUCGAGGUGUCGCCCAUGUAUCGUGAACAAUCGAAUCGUCCACUUUCCUAUGCGCCCGCCAUGUCCUAUACACGCAAUGCGGUGCCCACACAACUUCACCAAUUCCAUCAGCACAUACAUCAUGUGCAGCAGCAGCAGCAACAGCAGCAGCUCAGUUUGCAGGCGAAACAGUCGCUGCAAAAGUUCAUGCCACGUGAAAUGCAAUUGGCCGUCAAUGUGGCAGUUGCCGCCACCGGCCCAGUGGCACGUGGCAGUUCCAAGGUGCGCACGGUGCAAAUUGUGAAACCGAAUGCGGUGCGCACAUUCAAAGUGCUCGAGACUCUCGAUGCUGCCGGUGUGAAAACAAUCAAAAUUCUCGGCACUAGCAAUGAGCAGCCGCGUGGACAGCAUCACAUUGUCAACGUGGUCACCCAAGAUGCCAACAAUGUGGAGAGUCAUGUGCAGACGGUGAAGAUCUUCGAUGAGCCGCAAGAUUUUCAGCCAGUUGCCAAUGGCAACGGUAAUGCCAACGGCUACUUGCCACCAACUGUGGCACGGCCACGGGCACGCGUUGUGAGGCAGUCGUCGAGUCCGUUGCGCCUAUUCCCUGUGCCCAGACACUAA